AUGCUCGCCGCUAAGAUCAUCGCUGUCCUCUCCGCUGCGCUCCUCGCGUCUGCCGGUGCGGUGAACGACCUCGAUGCUCGCGCUGCCGCUUCGUCGAAGUGCCAGGCCAGCACAACCACCAUAACCUCCACCCGCCCCGUCACCACCACCAAGACGGUCUUCGCCACCACCACCGUCCCCGCCAACGCCAAGCGCGCAGCGGACGCGGCGGCCCCGAAGACGGUCACCUCCACCUCGACCAGCACCAAGGUCGUCACUACCACCGCGACGCGCACGUCCACCGUGCCGGCGACCGCGACCGUCACGAGCACGGCGACGUUCUCGACGACGACUACUACGACGAGCACCGUGCUGGCGACGACGACUGUGCGCACGACGACGAACCCGGUGGUGACUAGCACGGUUACGAGCACGAAGUUCGCGAGCACGACGGAGACUGUGCCGGUGACGAAGACGAGCUCGGCGACUACCACUACUACGGUGACGGACAAUGUCCCCACUGUCACUGUCAGCCCCAAGUGA